UUUUGCACGCCCACAAUGAGCCUGUGACUGCUUCACCCUCAUCUAACAGGAAGGAGGAGAGGUGAGAGAGGAGGAGGUGGAGCCUGAGGUGACUGAUUAGUAUCAGCUGAGUCAGAUCUGAGAGUGCAGCAGGAACCCUCGCUAAUCUAAACAGGUACAGGAAGUGACGUCAACGAGGCAGCGGACGGACCUCUCUGUGGUCUGAGACUCGACACUUUGCAGGAAGCUCAGUGAGAAGGAUGGAGGUGAAGAUGCUGCUGCUCGUGUUUGUGCUCGCCGCUCUGGAGGGAACGUUGGUGUCUGGCUGGCAUCAUCGCCCCUCCAUGCCCGGGUCCCCACACAACAUCAGCAAGAAUGACCGUGGCCUCCAGCAGGUUGUCCUCAACGCCACCUACUUCUUCAACAACGAAUCAAAUGACGCCUUCCUCUUCAAACCCGCCACCAUCGACAGAGCACAGAAGCAGAUUGUUAAAGGAGUUCGGUACAUGGCAGAUUUUCAGAUUUCCAGAACGGUGUGUCGUAAACGGGACAAGAACAACGACCUGUCCAGGUGUGACUUCCAGCCACCCGGUCCGCUCCACCAGGUGUUUCAGUGUCACGUGGAUGUUUGGAUGAUUCCUUGGGAAAAACCACAGAAGAAGAAUUUCAACUUACUUUGCAAACAGUGAAUGCAGCAGCUGACUCCUCCCCCUCCUGCCGCUGUCGCCCGUCUUCAUCCACUGAAUAGAAACUGUCAGUUGUCCACGUUCAUCUCUGUUCUCUGAAUAUUUCAGUAUUAAAGAUGAAACUGAACUCUG